AGUCCUGCUGUCACUGAGCUCCUUGCUAUUUGCUGAGCAGGCUGGGAUCUUAUUCCACAGACCGCAUGCGUCUCUCUCGAUCACCCCCAAGCCUCCUGACACAAUGAAAUGAAGCAAAGAAGACCAGCUUCUAGAGAGAAAACAAAUAGUUUUUCUGCAUGUUAAAUCUAAAUCAGGCAGUGGUCCAUAUGCCACUAAACAAACUUCACUUGCCUUCGGUCACAAAUCAUAUGCUGUGUAAGGAAAGAGGACUAAUCUGUUUGAUAGGAGGCUGCACACACUUUUUGACGUCCUAAAGCAGAUUGUGCAAUGGAUCAUGUGCUGAACAUUGCUGACAGCUCCAUCUUCACUCCGCAUGUUUACCCGGCCUCAUGGUCGGAGGAGGGGGCCCUGCGUCAGAUAGUCAGCCUGUGGCUGGUGACCAACCUGGGAGCGGUGCUGCUCUUCCUGGGCUGUGGUGCUCUCAACUUCUACUACGUGUUUGACCAUAAACUCAUGAUGCAUCCAUUGUUUCUCAAGAACCAGGUCAAACAAGAGAUUGAACUAUCAAUCAUCUCCAUUUUCUGGAUGAGCUUCCCAACAGUGGCCAUUUUCUUCUGGGAGGUCCAGGGAAACAGCAAACUUUUCGACAACAUCAGCGAAUCUUCUCUGGGCUGGCCCGGGGUGUUCCUGAGCAUUGCUGGUUUAUUGUUCUUUACUGACAUGUGCAUCUACUGGAUACACCGCUUCCUGCACCAUAAGAGCAUUUACAAGCAUUUACAUAAGCAGCACCACAUAUUUAAGAUCCCUACGCCUUUUGCCAGCCAUGCCUUCCACCCGCUGGACGGCUUCCUGCAGAGCCUUCCCUAUCACAUCUACCCGUUCAUCUUCCCCCUCCACAAGGCGGUCUAUCUGUCACUUUUCGUCUUUGUCAACAUCUGGACCAUUUCCAUACACGAUGGAGACUACCGCAUCCCCGGCCCCCUGAUAUGUCUGAUCAAUGGCGCUGCUCACCACGUAGACCAUCAUCUCUUCUUCAACUACAACUACGGACAGUACUUCACGCUCUGGGAUCGUAUCGGGGGCUCCUACAGACACCCCUCAGCCCUGAUGGGGAAGGGGCCACACGACCACAUCCCCAAGCUCAUGGCAGAGGCUGCACACACACAGUGAAGAUCCAGAUAUCACUUUUUCACUCUAACCUCUCAGGGAAGCUCCUAAAGUGAUGCUUAGAAAAGAGACAAUUGCAUCAGAUGCAAACAACUCAAACUAAGUGAGUUGGUAAGUAAGUUGUUAAAAUAUGAAUAAAACAUAAUUAUGGGGAAAUAUGUUUUUGUAAAAGAUAAUGGUGACAUGCCAGUUGGCUGGAAAUAACACUAUACUGCAGUGAAUAAAAACCAGCAAAGUAAAGGCAUACUUAAUUUGUAUGUGUUAGGGUUUUAACCAAGCUCUUGUAGCGAUCUCUGAUUUGAGAAUCCCAACUUCAUAAAAUCAGGGCAAUGUUUCUUUGUAAUAGGAUUGAUGGACGUUUUUUUUACAAAUCGAACACAGUCUGUGUGUUUGUCCACCACUGUCCUCACUUUCCAGAUUCAACCGCAAAUGACAAAAAACUCAACAGAUGACAGAGGCAAGGCAAUUGUCUGUGACCCUUUUCCAUUUAUGUUAUUACAAUUUAUUUAUGAAGAAUGGAUUAGAAACCCAAUAACAAUGCAAACAUACAUUUUGCCUCAUCCCUGCUUAGCUGGAACUUGUUGUAUAUACUUCAGUAAAAAUGCAAAAAGAUGAAGUGUCCAUCUGCAUGUAUGUAUGUUUAUGUCCAAUAGUCUGAUUCCACAUUACACUUUCAGUUGCCAGUGCUCGGUGUGUUUUCGUGCAGGCUCUGCAGGGCGAGGUCUGUCCACUUCAUCUCUUGCUCUUUCACAGACUCUGUGGAACCUCCAUUGUCCUGCUCAGCCUCAGGCAAUUCACUCUGACAGAGAACAGGGGAGACAGGAUGCCAUGAAUAAAAGGAGCAAUUCACUCUAUACUUAAAUCAACAUUGUAAUAGUGUCAAGACGAAAUCGGAAUAUUUGAGGGGAAGCAAAAAAUAAUUGUAAAAUGUAAACAGACUAUAUAAAAUGCUGUUGCUAACAUGAAUGUGUUUGUAAUACCAGAGGGAUGGUGACAUCUUCAUACGGCAGCUUGUCUUCCCUCCAGGCAUCAUCAGUGAGAUCCAGGACUCUCCCAUCUCGUUGGAUUUCACUGUCCAUCUUCCUAGCAGGGCCCUGUUCAAACUCUCAGAAUGUCUCCCCUGACAGAGUUAGUUAGCUUCAAGCUAACUGCAACACUGAACACACUGCUGCAGAAUGUGCAGAUACCUGGUUCACUGCUACUAGUUAACAUCCAAACAACCAUAAAUGGUCAGAAAUACAUGGUAAACAAUGUAUUCGAAAAAUAUGUGGUUUCAGUUUGUAGUUUUCAGAAGGUUUUUAUUUACUUUUAACCGCUUUACCAAUGCAUAUCAGAAGUAGUGCGGUAAUUAUACGUAAACAUCCGGCGCCUGGUGAUGAUGUCGAUUAAUGACGCCUUCAUGUACUGGAGAAAAUGGGAAACUACUGUAUCAGUUACACAUAGAUACAUUCUACAUAUUCUUCUCACAAUCCAUUAAAAAUACAAUUACGAACAACAACAACAUCCACGACAACAACAAUGAUGUUUAAUGACGGUUUUAUGCGAGUGUACAAAAGGCUCCACAGAAGUAAAACGCCUCCUGUUUCCAAUGAAAUUUAAACGGCCAUCCCACGUAUUGUUUUGCGGUCCCCAUGGUAACCAGAUUACUCUUCUUUGAGCUGUGUUCCUGUGAAAAAGACGUCCCAUUCCUUGUCUCUGGUUUACUGCAAUUGAAGGCACUGCAAUAAUGUCAGCUUCUCAAGAAAAGCAGGUGGAAAAUACAGAGCCGUGUGCCAAUCCUGGAAACCCAGUUUUCUCCUGCAUGUUGACUUCAGAAAUGAAAGGAAGACACCUAGCGCUGUGGUCCAAGACCCAGAAUCCACUGUACAGGACAACUUCCAGUGACUAUGGUCUUCGCACUCAAACCUCUGGAACCUCGCGCCGUGCUUUCUACCCUAAAUCACAAAAAUUCACUGAGGAAAUUAGAAAGACUGGGCUGUUUCGUGACGACUCUCUCAAUACUGCUCUUGACCGAAGCAAGGUGUAGGACUGUCCCGAUUUACAGAACACCAUCUAAAUGCAUGAUUGACUGUCAAUUCAUCUGUGUUCUCUUAUUCAUGAGAAGUUUUGGUUUAGAAUAAAUCACUAUGUAAAUGGAAAAAUGAAAGCCUAAGCAAUUUAUUAACACACAGCUAUCUUUCUCUUUUCGUUAAAUCCUGUAGAGAACUUAUUUAUGUCUGACAAUCCCCUACAUCUUAAACAAUGCUAUUAAAGCUUUAGUAGUUAAGCCCUGACUGUACAUGUCACAUAUUUACAACACUACAUCUUGCUUUAAUUUACCCAAAUGACCAACAAGCUGAUUCUCCAAGGUUUUUUUUAAAUAAUGCAAAUGUACAAAUGCAAUCUUUCCAUCCUUACAUUGCCUGGCAUAUCUUUAUACGUUGAAUGUUUGACUAUAUAUAUACACAAAUAAUAAAAUCCAACAUUGGUAUGUAACAGCAA